AGGUAGAAUAUAAGUUUUCAACAAUCCAAUAAAGAUAAUAAAAAGCGCUUAACAAUUUGAGUCACAAGAUUUAAAUAGAAUAUUUUGGAUACCCCUAUAAUGAUGGGGAUAAAUAGUUUGAAACCUUGUAUAUCUAUUGCCGUCAACCUUUUCAAAUUUUCGAUUAAAAUUAUUAUUGUUUUCUUUGCAUCAUAUUAUUUUUCAAGAUUAUCUUUAUCCAUAUAUAUACGACUUACCAAUAGAUUUUACUUCUCCACUCUCACUACUUCAUAUACAGCACGAAGUUUGCAGUAUAAGUACAUAGAACAAUAUUUAACAAAAAUGGCAAACACGAUCGACAAGGUUAUUAAAUGUCGUGCUGCAGUAGCAUGGGAACCAAGUAAACCUUUAACAUUAGAAGUUAUUGAGGUUGCUCCUCCAAAAACUCAUGAAGUACGAAUAAAAAUUACUGCUUUUGCUUUAUGUCAUACUGAUGCUUACACUCUCAAUGGAUUAGAUCCAGAAGGGAUUUUUCCUUGUAUUUUAGGACAUGAAGGUGCUGGAAUCGUUGAAAGUGUAGGAGCUGAUGUAACUGAAUUUAACUCUGGUGAUCAUGUAAUACCCUUGUAUAUUCCACAAUGUCGCGAAUGCAAAUUUUGUAAAUCACCUAAAACCAAUGUUUGUAAUAAAAUAAGAGCUACUCAAGGGAAAGGUGUAUUGCCUGAUGGUACGUCACGUUUUAUGUGUAAUGGUAAAACUUUGUAUCAUUUUAUGGGUUGUUCCACAUUUUCUGAAUAUACUGUCGUUGCUGAUAUAUCUCUUGUAAAGAUAGAUCCAACUGCUUCUUUAGACAAGGUAUGCCUAUUAGGUUGUGGUGUAUCAACAGGUUAUGGAGCUGCUUUAAAUACUGCAAAAGUACAACCAAAAAGUACUUGUGCUAUUUGGGGAUUAGGGACUGUCGGAUUAGCAGUAGCAUUUGGAUGUAAAACUGCAGGUGCUUCACGUAUUAUUGGUAUUGAUAUUAAUCCAAUCAAAUUUGAAACAGCUAAAAGAUUUGGUUUCACGGAAUUUUUUAAUCCAAAACAAUAUAAUAAACCAAUUCAAGAUAUACUUAUUGAAUUAACAGAUGGUGGUUUAGAUUAUACUUUUGAAUGUGUGGGAAAUGUAGAGUCAAUGAGAGCUGCCUUAGAAUCAUGUCAUAAAGGUUGGGGUAUAUCUGUUAUUGUUGGUGUGGCCCCUGCAGGUCAUGAAAUUAGUACACGUCCAUUUCAAUUGAUAACAGGACGAACAUGGAAAGAUGAAUUUAUUACCCAUACUUUGCCUUUUGAUCAAAUUAAUGAUGGAUUCAAGUUGAUGCAUGCAGGAAAUUGGUUUGUUUUUAUUAGUACAUAUAAUUAUUUAUUUAUGAUAAAUAAUAUAUUAAUUUAUUUUUCAGUUAUCUGA